AUGGAAGCGGUGCGGCAGUUAUGGCUGCGGGAGGAGCACAGCCGCAGCACCAGCGGCGGCAGCGGCAGCGGCAGCGGCAGCGGCAGCGGAGUGCCCCGCAGCGCGCCCGCAACCUCGCAGCAGCGCUCGAGCCAAAGCCGCCUGGGCCUGGCCCUGGCGCUGCCCGGCGGCGACCAAGACAGCGGCGGCGAGGGCAGCGCCGGCACGCCGCCGCCGCAGCCGCCGCUGGCGGGCGAGCAUCCCCACGUGCUCAGGCUGCGUUUCGCGGACGGCAACGACGAGGCGCCGGCGGCGCCGCGCGGCGCGCUCGAGCCUGCGGGCGGCAGCGAAUCGGCAAGCGUCAGCGGCGGCGGCGGCGGCAGCCGGCUGGGCCCCAGGGGGCCGGCCAGCAUCUUGAAACCCUCUGCAGACCCCUCCCUCUCGCACGGCGGCGGCGGCAGGCGUGCGGUGGUGCUGCCGCCGCCGCCGACGGCGCUGCCGCCGGCGGCCGAGGAGGAUGUAGAAUUUGAGGAGCCUCUCCAAGUGGACGAGCCGCCGCCGGGGGCGGCUUUCCGCCCCAUCAUCACCAGCGGCAGCGCAGACGGCGGCGGCGGCGGCGGCGGCGGUGCGCCGGACGCCCCUGAAGAGGGCGGCAAGCGCACCGCGGCGCUGUUCCGGAAGAUGAGCAAGAAGGGCAGCGUGUGGCGGCUGCAGGAGGUGAUGCUGCAGGUGGCAGAGGUGGUCAGCUCGCCGGGGCCGGGCAGCCGCGCGGCGGCGGCCGCGGCGGCGGCGCCCUGGGCGUGA